AUGGCGACUCAUGGUACUGGAUCCGAGUUAACCUUUAAAACUUUCCGUUUCUAUCCAAAGAACGAAGAAAAGAAAAACUCUGCAGUUAUCGUUUUACAAGAAUGGUGGGGAAUUAAUGAGCAGAUCAAGACACAUGCCCAGUAUAUCGCUGAUAAUACAGGGACCUUAGCAAUUGUUCCUGAUCUCUAUAAUGGGAAACUCGGUUUAUCAGCAGAGGAAGCCUCUCACUUAAUGGGUAACCUAAACUGGGAGGAAGCAUUGAUGGGAUUAGAAAAGCUUGUUGAAGUUUUGAAUAAAGAGAAUCGCGUAAAAAUCGGUGCCAUUGGAUUUUGCAUGGGAGGUGCCGUGAGUCUUGCUAUUGCAGCUCGCCUUAGCACCAAGAAUCCAUUGAGCGCUGCGGUUACGUGCUAUGGUAUUCCAAAACCUGAAUACGCUGAUGUGAGUAAAGCCGCGAUCAAGACCCCGAUUCAAGGUCAUUUUGGUGCUGAAGACAACUUUUGUGGUCCCGAUUCGGUCAGAUCUCUCGAACGUCAACUCAAAGAAGCUCAAGGCUAUGAAGGAAAAGAAAUUUCAAUUCACAUCUAUGAAGGAGAGGGUCACGCGUUCUUAAAUGAAGGAGAAUGGGCAACUCAAAAGCGCAAAGAAUUAGG